AUGGCAGAGAGUGAAAAUAAUAAACAAUCACGCCCGCAAUUUGGAAAUAGAGUACUAAAAAAAGAAGAUAAUGUAUUUCAACAUAAUGCAUGGGACAACGUUGAAUGGGAUGAUGAGCAACAAAAAUUAGCACAGCAAAAGGUAGCACAAAAUUCAGAAAUUACAGCUUCCGAAAAAGAACUUGAACUGUAUGAAAUAGAGGCAAGUAAAAAUUGGGACAAAUUUUAUGGAAUUCAUCAGAACAGAUUUUUCAAAGAUAGACAUUGGUUAUUCACUGAAUUUCCUGAAUUAGCUCCGUACAAAGUAAAAGAUGAUCUCAGUGUGCCUGAGAAGGUUGAACUAGAACAGAAAAAAGAAACUAAGGAUCAAAAAGAGUUGGAAGAAAAUUCAUUGACUGAACAAAGAAUAUUAGAAAUUGGUUGUGGAGUUGGGAAUACUAUUUUUCCAAUUCUUGCUUAUAAUUCAAAUCCAAAAGUUUAUUUGUACGGCUGUGAUUUUUCCUCUGUUGCUAUUGACAUAUUAAAAACACAUAAAGAGUAUGAUGAAUCACGUUGUAAAGCAUUUGUAUUGGAUAUUAGUCAAGAUGACUGGGAUGUGCCUUUUGAACCCAAUAGUUUAGAUAUUGUCUUGUUAAUAUUUGUCCUUUCUGCAAUUAAACCAGAUAAGCAAAUUCAUGUAGUCAAACAAAUUUAUCGGUAUUUAAAACCCGGAGGUCUAGUUCUUUUUAGAGAUUAUGGAAGAUACGACUUAGCUCAACUGAGAUUCAAAAAAGGCCAAUGUCUUGGAGACAAUUUUUAUGCUAGAGGGGAUGGUACACAGGUUUAUUUUUUUACUCAAGAAAAUCUCAAGGGCUUAUUUGAAGGAUGUAAUUUCAAAGAGGAACAAAAUAUUGUUGAUAGACGAUUACAAGUUAAUCGCGUGAAUAAUCUCAGUCCACUAUUAUCAGUUUAA